CAAUAGCCGGUUCGGUUAUGGCUCUAUCCGGGUCAAUCGCUUUAGCCUUAAUCUUCUUCGCUCUUUCCACUAAUCCCCUUGAAGCUCGUGGACCCUUCGACCGGCUAGCUCGGAAGCUGCCGCAGAUGACUGCUUCUGACGGCAUAUGCGCUUCCUCUGUCCGAAUUUUUGGUUACAAAUGCGAAGAACAUGAUGUGGUGACUCAAGAUGGAUACAUAUUGAAUAUGCAAAGGAUACCGGAAGGACGAGCCGGCACCGGAGAUAUGUCCAAGAGACAGCCUGUCCUAAUACAGCAUGGGAUUCUUGUCGAUGGGAUGUCGUGGCUGUUGAAUCCGGCGGAUCAAAAUCUACCCUUGAUUUUGGCUGAUCAAGGAUUCGAUGUGUGGAUGGGGAACACAAGAGGGACUAGAUUCAGCAGGAGACACAAGUACCUUAGCCCUAAUCAACCGGCUUUCUGGAACUGGACGUGGGACGAGCUCGUGAGUUACGAUCUGCCUGCUAUGUUUGACCAUAUCCACGGCCUAACAGACCAAAAAAUGCACUACCUCGGACACUCUUUGGGGACUUUGAUAGGAUUUGCAUCGUUCUCCGAAAAGGGGUUAGUGGAUAAAUUGAGAUCGGCGGCGAUGCUGAGUCCUAUUGCUUAUCUCAGCCACAUGACCACCGUACUCGGUGACAUCGCCGCCAGAAGCUUCCUCGCCGAGGCCACCGCCAUAAUUGGAGUGGCAGAGUUUAACCCCAAAAGUGGAAUAGUAGGGCACUUCAUAAAGAUUAUAUGCAGUCAAGCAGGGAUCGACUGUUAUGAUUUAAUCUCUGUUAUUACCGGCAAGAAUUGUUGCCUUAACGCAUCAACCAUUGAUCUAUUCCUGGCGAAUGAACCACAAUCUACUUCCACCAAGAACAUGAUCCACCUUUCUCAAACGGUAAGAGACAAGGUGUUGAGAAAAUACAACUACGGAACUAUUGAUUGCAACAUAAAACAUUACGGUCAACCGUUGCCGCCGGCUUACAACAUAUCGGCGAUCCCACACGACCUACCGCUUUUCUUCAGCUAUGGUGGUUUAGACUCUCUGGCUGAUGUGAACGACGUCAGGUUUUUGAUUGACCAGUUUAAGUUUCAUGACGUUGAUAAGAUUGAAGUGCAGUUUGUAAAAGAGUAUGCUCAUGCUGAUUUCAUCAUGGGCGUUACUGCCAAAGACGUUGUUUAUAACCAAGUUGCUACUUUUUUCAAACGACAAACUUAGUUUUAGUGAUACUUAUUAGACUAUAUGUAUGUUUGUGUGCCCAUAUUCUUCAAUUGUUUUUUCCCCCUAAACAAACGGGUAAAAUAAUAAAUUUACAGUUACUA